UACCAAUCAAUAGUGAUUUAUUUAAUAAUGGUGUUGAAGUUGACACUUUCGUCUUUUACUGCUGCACUUUUGUGCCUGGGUUUGUGUCUGCUUCACGCUGCAACACAUUUAUCAGCUCAACCAAUAUCGAAAGUUGUUGGUGGUAAGGAUGCAGAUAUUGGUCAAUUUCCGCAUCAGGUAGCACUCUUUAAGGAUGGAUCCUUUACUUGUGGUGGAUCGAUAAUUAGUUCGCGUUAUGUGUUGACAGCUGCCCAUUGUGUUGUUGUUGGUAAUGGAAUUGAAACACUCCCAGGGAAAUAUUUUACAGUACGAGUUGGAAGUAUUCAACGUUUAGCUGGUGGGAAAUUAAUUCCGAUUAAAAAUAUCAUUGUUCGUCAGAGCUAUGGUAAUUUCUUGGAUGACGUUGCAUUAUUGGAAUUAGCAACUGAACUCGUCUUCACCAAAAAUAUCCAAAAAAUUGAUUUGUUCGAUCAAGAAGUACCAAAAGGACAGGACGUUGUUAUUUCUGGAUGGGGACGUAUAAAACAUGGUGGAGAAAUUCCACAUCGAUUGCAGUACAAUAUUUUGACAGCAUUAGAUGCAGCAAGUUGCAAUGAAUCCAUAGGCUGGGGCAAGGAACAAAUAUUGUGCUUGGCGCAUCCCAAGGACAAUGGAGCUUGUAAUGGUGAUUCGGGAGGUCCAGCUACGUAUCAAGGAAAACUUGUGGGGGUUGCUGGAUUUGUUUAUGGUGGAUGUGGAAAUAUUUACCCAGAUGGUUAUGCUAAGGUUAAAUAUCAUCUGGAAUGGAUACAAUCUAACAUGAAGUAGGACUAAAUCUUAAAACUAAUAUUAUUCAUCCAUAAGCUAUGAAGCUUUUUUGGCACUAUUUUGUUUUAUUGUUGAAAAUAUCUAAUAUAUUUUUGUUCACAAAUUC